AUGGACGAGUUCGUUGCUCUCACGGCGGUUUACGGGUUAAAGCCCCGAGGAAAGUCAGCUCCAAUGGCUGCCUUGAAACGAUCCGCCUUCGACCGUAACAGUGUAAAAACCUCUCCUUUUGAUUCAGGAGACGACGACGCAAACGCAGAGUUGACCUUGAAAGAUUCAAAGUUUGACUCUUUGAAUCCUGGUGGGUUUGACGACUUCUCGGUGUUUGAUGAGUUGAUUAAGUUAUCUAGUACCAAUGAUUCUGGUGAUAAUGACUUAAUGGGUGGUUUGACCGGGCUUAGUCCAAAUGAAGAUGGUUUUGAUGAGUUGAUACCUGGAUUUGGUGGGAGUGGUCAGCCUAGUAACAAUGAGUUUCAAGAAACUGAAGCUGUUCAAGUAAAUAAACAACAGUUUGGUCUAGAUGAUGACCUUGAAGCCCUUUUCAUUUCACCUGUUGCUUCAGCACAGUUCCUUGAUGACUUGUCACCACUUUUUGGAGGGAAAAGUGACAAAAGAAGAUUAGCUAGAUGGGAGCGUGAACAAAUAAUAAAAGAUCGAAUGGAAAAGGCUAUAGCUGAUAUGAAUAACCGUGAUCAUCAGAUUCAGAUUGAACAAGAAGAAAGGAGUAGGAUUUCUGAGACCCUAGACGCUGAGAUAAAGCUUUGGGCUACUGGGAAAGAAGGGAACCUACGUGCACUGAUAUCAUCAUUGCAUCUCGUACUUUGGCCUGGAUGUGGAUGGGAGGCUGUCUCUCUAACAGAUUUGAUCACUUCUGCGGCAGUCAAGAAAGUCUAUAAAAAGGCAAACCUCUAUGUCCAUCCUGAUAAAGUUCAUCAGAAAGGGACUCAACAAAAGUAUAUUGCCGAGAAGGUCUUCAACAUCUUACAGGAAGCUUGGAACAAGUUCAACAAAGAAGAGCUAUCUUAA